UAAACAGCUUGGGCAUGCUCACAUCCAAGAACAGGCUCAACACACACACACACACACACACACGGGAACAGCUAGCUAGCAGCUCGCUCUUCGAUCAUCCCGAGCUGCCUCCGCGCUCACGUAGCUAUUCACAGCUCCCGCGCAGCUAGCUAGCUAGCUUUGGAGCCAGCCAUGCCGGCCUUCGCCGAGAGUACCGCCGAGCCGCCUCUGUCGGACAGCUACUACGCGCUGCUCCGCCGCGGCAACAAAGUCGACGAGUGCGCUUCGGUGCCGCCGCCUGGCUGUCAGGUUCUUCCCGUGGCGGAAUGCGAGCUCCCCAUGAUCGACGUUGGGUGCCUGACGACGGGCGGCGGGGGCGAGGAGGAGAGGGCGGCAUGCGCGGCGGCGAUCGCGUCUGCGGCCGCUGAAUGGGGCUUCUUCCAGGUGGUCAACCACGGCGUCAAGCAGGAGCUCCUGGAGGCGAUGCGGCGGGAGCAGGUGCGCCUCUUCCGCCUGCCGUUCGAGGCCAAGGCCACGGCCGGCCUUCUCAACGACUCCUACCGCUGGGGCUCCCCGACCGCCACGUCGCCAAGGCAGCUGUCCUGGUCCGAGGCCUUCCAUGUCCCGCUCGCCGGCAUCUCCGGUAGCCCUUGCAGCUACGGCGAGCUCACCAGCAUCAGGGAUGUGACGCAGGAGGUGGCGAAGGCGAUGUCAAAGCUGGCCAACACGCUGGCGCGCGUCCUGGCCGAGAGCCUGGGACACACCGCCGGCCAAGGCUUCCCGGAGGGGUGCGACGAGAGCACGUGCUUCCUCCGGCUGAACAGAUACCCGGCGUGCCCAUUUUCGCCCGACGCCUUCGGCCUGGUGCCGCACACGGACAGCGACUUCCUCACCGUGCUCUGCCAGGACCAAGUCGGCGGCCUGCAGCUCAUGAAGGGCUCCCGGUGGGUGGCCGUCAAACCCAUUCCCAAUGCUCUCAUCGUCAACAUUGGAGACCUCUUCCAGGCAUGGAGCAACAACAGAUACAAGAGCGUGGAGCACAAAGUGAUAACCAACGCGACGACGGAGAGGUACUCUUUGGCCUACUUCCUUUGCCCGUCCUACGACUCUCCCAUCGGCGCAUGCGAGGAGCCUUCACCUUACAGGACCUUCACCUUCGGAGAGUAUCGAAGAAGAGUGCAGGAAGACGUCAAGAAGACAGGGAAGAAGAUUGGACUUCCCAAUUUUCUAUUGUAGAUUGCUUCUGCAUGGCUAUAAAAAUACAUCUUGCAUGCAAAUUAGGUUUGUUUGUCCAUGUCAAUGUAUACAUGUUUCUCCCGUACACGUCAUCUGUGUAAUAGCAUCAACGCAUUAUUCUGUCUCCGUUUCUCUUCUCUUUCUGAAACUGAGCGCAUGCAUCAUUGUAAUUUGUUACUAGUAGUUUGUACUUGUAGAAUAGUUUGAUAUAUUAUACCAUGUACACGAAUGUACCAGUA